AUGGAGACUGAAGAAGGACAUCAGACCUAUAGCGAACUGAAAAUGUGCGCGGGUGCAUUUGAGGGCGAGUAUAGCAAACUGCUGAGUAUGAGUAUGAUUUUAUACAUGUGGAUUACAGGUUCUAAAUGUGAGACAACAAUUACGUUGUCGACAUCUGCCAUUCAAUCAACAUCUUCAACAUCUUUUGCAUCAUCAGCUGCACAGGCAUCUUUACUUACGUUAACGCUGUCUACAUCAUCUUCAGCAGCAGCUGUGCCGGAUAACCAAAUUAACAAAUUUGAGGAAGAUGAAGUCGUGCAAACAACAGGAAGGAAACAUAAGGUUAAAGGUCACAAAUUGAACCAUGACCUUCAUUCCUCGAGGGAGAGCAAUUCUCCAGCUUAUGCCAUACCGUUGUCAUCUCUCGGCUCCGUAGCUGCACAUUCUGCCAUGUUAAAGAAGCCGCCUAAUCCUUACGAGAUUUAUCUCAAUUUUAAGAAAAAGACGGAGGAGAAGAGGGUUCGACUGAGCACAAUGUCCCCAAAACCGCCCCCCAAGUUUUUUGACUACCUCAUGAUGAAGGGCAAUUACAAACUGUCACAAAAUGCAUCGUUGCUUGUUAAGGAAGAAGCACUCACCAUUUUCUCUCCAUCUCUUGUACCUGAAACAUUGCGUGGCUUGUAUGAGGAACAAGAGAGGGCCCGCAACAAUCUUCAGACUGAACACAUCAAAGAACGAGAACGACUUACUUUAUUGUCCGAACAAGAAACACUGCGCAUAUACAGUCGUGCUGGGAGAGCAACAGCCAACCAAGGGGAGUGUCUCAGUGCUUGUGCUGUGCUUUGUUCUGAAGAUUUCUGUUCCCCUCAUGAUCUUGACAAUGGGGAAGGUUUUGGAGGGGCCGGUGGUCCCAAAGAUUCAAGGUCAAGGUUUAAUGGCAGACAUUUCAAUGCUUGGUUGCAGGAAAUUGUGGACAAAUACGCCAAGCUUAAGGCCAAACUGAUAUCCCGUCAUCACCAGGAAGCAGACAUUCUACACUGUACCCAGAAACUUGAUUGGGAGUGGGGCAUGAAAGAAAAAGGUCUAUACGACACACAACUCACCCCAACUGACAUUAAAACAUUCGUCCCUCUGAAAUGGGUGGAAACAACGGAGUGCCUGAUGGGAAAGUUCAUGAUGUUGUUAAUGGUGAUAGCGACGUUGACAAUGAGGAAGAGGAAGACGACAACGACACUGGGUAGUAUAUGGCCAAUAAGAAUGCAAUGA